UUUUCCCUGGCUUCAUUUUUGCAGGCGCUUUUAGGAUCUAGGCCUUCUUGCGCUUGGCAUGAUAGUUUGGAAGGUCGCGAUCUAUUGUUGCAAGGCAUUCGGUGGAAAUUAGAGUGUGGUACUAUGGUCCACAUAACAGAGGAUGUCUGGCUUCCAACAACUCCACCCUCUCGUCCUCGAUUGCUUCCACAUGUUCGUCUUCAUUCGUCUCAAGUUUCUUAUUUGAUCCGAAGACAGUAA